CUCUCGGGGAAGGCGGGGAUCGACGAGGUGAUGGCCGCCGCCGUCCUCACCAGCCUGUCCACCAGCCCCGUCGUGCUGAACAACCCACCCAGCAGCUUCGGUGCAGAAACCGGCUGCGACCCAUGGAAGGAAGCUCCCGCCAUGUCCUCGAGUUGCAGCAGCAGCAGCAACAACAGCGGGGACUGGAGCUGGGACCCCCCGAGCGACCUCUCCACCCCCUCGACCCCGUCGCCACCCCUCUCCACCGACAUCGCCACCAGCCUCCUGUCGUCUCUCCAGUCGGACAUCGAGGAGACCGAAGCGACCCACUUCUUGUUCGGGGACCCUAUCCCUCGGAAGAGGAAGAACUCCACCAAGGUGAUGUUCAAGUGCCUGUGGAAGAACUGCGGGAAGGUGUUGAGCAGUUCCUCCGGGAUGCAGAAGCACAUCAGGACCAUCCACCUGGGGCGGAAGGCCGACCUGGACCAGAGUGACGGGGAGGAAGAUUUCUACUACACCGAGCUGGAUGUCAACGUGGACUCCCUCACAGACGGCUUGUCCAGCUUGACGCCCGUCUCCCCCACCUCGUCGGUGCCUCCCGCUUUCCCUGUCCUUGAGGAGGUGCAACAGACCCCCCUGAUUCCACUGAAGCCGGAGGUUUCCCUGGUGUCUCCCCCGAGCCCGUCGGCAGCUAUGACCAUCCUGAGCCAAUCAGCACCCACCGGUGUGUGCCAUAUCCAAACGGACCACGCCUACCAGGCUACGGGUCCUACCGGCCUCCUGGCCGACCUGAAAUCUCCACCCCCGGGAAUGGAAAUCAGCAUAUCUUGGCAGCAGCCUGCCCUGUUCCCGCCCCCGUUGCCGCCGGUUCUUUUUAAAAGCCCCUCGGGCUGCCUGACUCCCAUCCGGCCAGCUGAUGUUGGAGAGAGGCGCCCGCAGGCGUCUUCCAUGCCAAUUGCCAAAGGACAUCCCAUCGUGCCCCCUUCCAUGCCAAAGCCUGCACCUGGCACCAGGAAGCCACGCGGCGAAGCCAAGAAGUGCCGCAAGGUGUACGGGAUGGAGAACCGGAACAUGUGGUGCACAGCCUGCCGCUGGAAAAAGGCCUGCCAGCGUUUCGUCGACUGA